AUGCAACAUGCAGGGAACUCGUCUCAACCCUGCCAACAGAGGGCAGUACAAGAGACGAGAAAGGAGAGAGGAAUGCCCCCACCCCGCCAACCAGGGACGGUACAGGGGACCGAAAAAGGAACAAGGCGCAGAAGACCUCCGAGAACUGCGGCCGUAGCUAUCAAAGGAUUUGAUGAGAAAUUCUCAUAUGCACAAGCCCUAAGGAUAGCCCAAGAAAAAAUAGAACUGUCGGACCUGAAGAUUUAUAAAUCUAGAGUAAGGAAAGCAGCAAACGGAGGCGUGAUUGUGGAGAUACCUGGUCCACAAGGAUCCGACAAAGCGGACAACCUCGCUAAGAAACUUAGCGAAGUCAUGAGUGGAUACGCGGAAGUAACGCGGCCCACAAUUAAAGGGGAGAUCAUCAUAUCUGGAUUCGAUGAAUCGGUGACUGCAGACGACAUCUUCGAAUUAGUGUCGAGGUUAGGCGGAUGCAGAAACGAGCAGAUCAAAGUUGGUGCUAUUAGGAGGCUGCCCAAUGGAAACAACAUGGUGUGGGUGCAAUGCCCAGUGGACGCGGCAAUCCUGGUAGCCGAGAAGAAGAGACUGAGGAUCAGGUGGACUACAGCUCGGGUGGAAAUGUUACAAAAACGGCCCACCCAAUGCUACAAGUGUUGGCGGAAAGGGCACAUACGCAAUAAUUGUCCAUUUAAGGAAGAUUAUAGCAAGGUGUGCUUUAGAUGUGGCGGCAACGACCACCCUGUAAAAAUAUGCACAGCCGACAUCAAAUGCAGAGUGUGCGCAGACAAAAACCUAAGCGCCAAUCAUCGAGUUGGAUCCAACAAAUGCAGCCUGGACCAAGACGAAAGGAGAGAGAGUAUACGAAAGGAAACCCAGCAAGAGCCGGAUCGGAGAGUAGCGGCUCCACCUGUGUCGCAGGAUGAUUACAGCACUACAAUGUAA